GUUCACUGUCCCCUCCUUGCCGACUCUCCCAUUCGGAGAAAAGCACUGCAGUUUUUUAAUGAAAACAAAAAACAAAAAACCGUAAAACCGGGACUAUUUAUCGGACGUUGACAAUGAAGAACGCUUUCUCCCGUUAUAUAUGCUGACUCUUCUCUAAACCCGGCCCACAUUUCACUGUGCGAGGCCUCAGUCUCUUGAUUUGAAUGCCUCUCACGAUGGCGAAGCGGGAGAGCGGCAGCACCAGUCCAGUGGUGCGUCAGAUUGACAAGCAGUUCCUGGUGUGCAGCAUCUGUCUGGAGCACUACCACAAUCCUAAAGUCCUGCCCUGCCUGCACACAUUCUGCGAGAGAUGCCUCCAGAACUACAUCCCGCCUCAGUCUUUGACCCUGUCCUGCCCCGUGUGCCGACAGACCUCUAUCCUCCCGGAGAAGGGUGUUGCAGCGCUGCAGAAUAAUUUCUUCAUAACUAAUCUGAUGGAGGUUUUGCAGAGGGAGCAGGACUGCACCCGUCCAGAAGCGUCCAGUGGGCUGGAGUCGGUCGGAGCCGCUACAUACGCAACGCCACUGUCCUGCCCAAACCAUGAGGGCAAGGUUAUGGAGUUUUACUGCGAGUCUUGUGAAACAGCCAUGUGUUUGGAGUGCACUGAGGGGGAGCACAGAGAACAUGUGACCGUCCCACUGCGGGAUGUUCUGGAGCAACACAAAGCGGCGCUGAAGAACCAGCUGGAUGCUAUUCGAAACAGGCUCCCUCAGCUGACAACCGCCAUUGAGCUGGUGAACGAGAUCUCCAAACAGCUCACAGACCGCAAGAAUGAGGCUGUGACGGAGAUCAGCAACACCUUUGAGGAGCUGGAGAAAGCCCUGCACCAGCGCAAGACCACCCUCAUCACUGACCUGGAGAACAUCUGCAGCACCAAGCAGAAGGUUCUUCAGGGUCAGCUGGCUGCUCUGCUGCAGGGGAAGGAGAACAUCCAGAGUAGCUGCAGCUUCACAGAGCAGGCACUAAACCAUGGGAGUCCCACUGAAGUGCUGCUGGUGCAGAAGCAGAUGGGCGAGCGGAUGGGGGCUCUGGCCCGACACGCUUUCCCUGAGCAGCCGCACGAGAAUGGACACCUGGACUGUCAGGUGGAGACGGAGGGCCUGCGACGCUCCAUACAGAACCUGGGCGUCCUGCUCACCACCAGUUCAGUGGGUCACACCAGCGUGGCCACUGGAGAGGGACUCCGACACGCUGUUGUAGGACAGAACGCCACUGUUACUGUCACCACCAAGGAUAAAGACGGUGAGCUGGUGAAGACCGGAAACGCAGCUCUGCGAGCUCAGAUCAGCGGAGCAGACGGAGGCGUCACUGAAACAGACGUGACAGACAAUAAGAACGGCACGUAUGAGAUCGGCUACACACUGCGCAGCGAGGGCGAAUUCUCCUUCUCCGUCCUGCUGUACGGAAGACACGUCAGAGGAAGCCCUUUCCGUCUGAGAGCCAUCAAAGCCUGCGACGCCCCGCAGUCACCCGAUGAUGUCAAGAGGAGAGUCAAGUCUCCUGGAGGAGGAGGAGGAGCUGGAGGACAUGUGCGGCAGAAGGCGGUCCGCAGACCCUCCAGCAUGUACAGCACCACCAAGAAGAAGGAAAACCCCAUCGAGGACGAGCUCAUCUUCAGAGUCGGGACUCGUGGACGAGAGCGUGGUGAAUUCUCCAAUCUGCAGGGCAUCUCCACCACCAGCAGUGGCAGAAUCGUUGUUGCAGACAGUAACAACCAGUGCAUUCAGGUUUUCUCCAAUGACGGUCAGUUUAAGCUGAAGUUCGGGGUCAGAGGUCGUUCUCCUGGUCAGCUGCAGCGUCCCACCGGAGUGGCAGUGGACAUGAAUGGAGAUAUUAUUGUGGCCGAUUACGAUAACCGGUGGCUCAGCAUCUUCUCUCCAGACGGCAAGUUUAAGAAUAAAAUCGGAGCAGGUCGUCUGAUGGGUCCUAAAGGAGUGGCGGUGGACAAAAAUGGCCACAUCAUCACUGCAGACAACAAGGCCUGCUGCGUCUUCAUCUUCCAGUCCAACGGGAAACUUGUCACCAAAUUCGGUGCCAAAGGAACAUCAGAAAGGCAGUUUGCAGACAAAAGUGCUCCAAAUACACCAACAGAGCCCAAACAGAGCAAAUCUGGCCCAGCCUUCAGUCCCCAUUUUGUGGCCAUAAACAACAAGAAUGAAAUAGUAGUGACAGAUUUCCACAAUCAUUCUGUGAAGGUUUAUAAUGCCGAUGGAGAGUUUCUCUUUAAGUUUGGCUCUCAUGGCGAAGGGAACGGCCAGUUCAACGCUCCCACCGGUGUGGCUGUGGACGGAAAUGGGAAUAUUAUUGUGGCAGACUGGGGGAACAGCAGGAUACAGGUGUUUGACAGCGCUGGCUCGUUCCUGUCAUACAUCAACACGACGGCGGAUCCCCUGUACGGACCGCAGGGAUUGGCUCUGACAUCAGACGGUCACGUGGCUGUGGCGGAUUCUGGAAACCACUGCUUCAAAAUCUACCGAUACCUGCAGUAACACACUCACAUAAAUAAACACACUGUAAACUCCACCAGUCUUCUUUAGCAUUUCACCUUUUCCUUUUUGCACAUACAGUCUCUGUGCAUAUACGCCAACGUGAACAAACCCAGGGCUUCAUGAACGUCGCAUCUGUGUUCCAUCAAACUGCAUUAACGCUCAUUUCAAACUCAAUAUAAAUGAAUGUAUAUUGAACCCAAGCGAGUCGCAGGCAGCUAUUUAAGCUCUGUUCAACUUAUUAAAAAUCAGAACAAAAUUACUAGUUUUCUGGGCAAAUCAUGAAUGCAGCGGCUCAAGAAUGACCUGAGGACGGAGUAAACUGACUUCAAACUGGCCUUUUGUGCAUUGACUAGUUGUACACGUGUACGCAUUUGUAUUAUACGCUGUAAAUUUGAUCGCCAUCAAUUUGCCGAUAUGGUUUUAGAGGUUUGCUGUCUUUCUUAGUGCGCUAAAGCUCGAUAUUAAACUAAACCCAGCUGUCAAUGUGCUUCAGUAGAACUGCUUGUAGGUUCAUCGUGCCUCUGAUUUGAACAGCUACGCCUACAUAUUGCUGACCACAACAGCACAAUUCAAAUAUCGCAUGCUUUUUAUUCACGCUGAAAAGGUUAAAAAGCAAGUUUAUUUAUUUUGUACACGACGGUAUAAUGUACAAGUUAUUUUUCUAAGUUGAAGUGUUUUGUUUAUCUGGAGUUCGAUGCCUUGACGAGGUGGAAAAGCUAAUGUGUUGUGAUGUUUUUUUUUAAAUAUAUGCACAUGGACAUCGAAGGAAAUGAUUUGUUAUAUCAAGUUGGUGAAAAUAUGAAUACAAAUGAAAUGAAUUACACAGUCACUGCUGCAUUUUAAGGGAACAUCUCGCUUAUUUUUGGAAAUAGGCUCAUUUUACAAGUCACCUAGAGUUGAACAGUUGAGUUUUACCAUUUUUGAACCCAUUCAACUGAUCACUUUUAGCUUGGCUUAGCAUAAAUCAUUGAAUCUGAUUAGACCAUUAGCAUCUGAAAAUUUUCAAAAAGGUUUUGAUCAUUUUGCUGUUCAAAGCUUGACUCCUCUGUAGUUAGAUUGUGCACCAAUGGAAAACGAAAAGUUGCUACGUUCUGGAUCAAUAUCAAAGCAAAGACGACAAAGUUCCUUGAUUAUUAUGCGAAAUGAUAGUACAGUUCCUAGUCUUAUUGAUUUAGAACAGUGUUUCCCAACCCUGUUCCUGGAGUCACACCAACAGUACAUAUUUUGGAUCUCACCCUUAUCUGACCCAUUCAUUUCAGGUUUUCGUGCCUCUUCUAAUGUUCCAAUGAGUUGAUUCCGGUGUGUUUGAUGUUGGUGUGCCUUGAGGAACAGUUGUUUAAAUAUAUGCACAUGAACAUCGAAGGAAAUGAUUUGUUAUAUCAAGUUGGUGAAAAUAUUAAUACAAAUGAAAUGAAUUACACAGUCACUGCUGCACGUUAAGGGAACAUCUCACUUUUUUUAGGAAAUGGGCUCAUUUUACAAGUCACCUAGAGUUGAACAGUUUUACCAUUUUUGAAUCCAUUCAGCCGAUCUGGAGCACUUUUAGCUUAGCUUAGCAUAAAUCAUUGAAUCUGAUUAGACCAUUAGCAUCUCAAAAUUUUCAAAAAGGUUUUGAUCAUUUUGCUGUUUAAAGCUUGACUUCUGUAGUUACAUUGUGCUCUAAGACCAAUGGAAAACAAAAAGUUGCUAUUUUCUUGAUCGAUAUCAAAGCAAAGACGACAAAGUUCCUUGAUUAUUAUGCGAAAUGAUAGUACAGUUCCUAGUCUUUUCCAGUGGUCUUUGUGCACAAUGCAACUACAGGAGAGUCAAGUUUUAAACAGGAAAAUGAUCAAAACCUUUUUUUUUUUUACUUUUUAAGCGAUAAGCUAAUGGUCUAAUCAGAUUCAAUGAAUUAUGCUAAGCUAAGCUAAAAGAGCUCUCGCCAGAUCUGCAGAUUGGCUGAAUGGAUUCAAAAAUGCUAAACUCUUGUGUUCCUUCAAGCUGGCAAAUUUGUGAAAGAACAAUCUGCAGGGUACAGGUUUACCAUAUUACUAUUGAAGCAUUCACUACCGUUUUUUUUUUGGUAUUAUUAUUGCUUGUUUUGAAAAUUGAAAAAUAAAUCUUCUUUACUGCUUUAGAGAUGACAGCUUGAUCAUUUUUGGCUAUCUGCUAAAUACACAAGGAAUCCUCGAUCAUGGGCACGUUUGUACUUUAUAUGAAGUCUUGAUUUUACAAACUAGAAAGCCAGUGUUGUUUAAGCCACUAAAAUACAGUAUUCUGUAAUAAAACUGUACAUUGUAAAACCACAAGAAGACAUGUGAAGCAUUUUAAAGAUAGUAUUUAAACUGCAAUAAUGCACUCCUGAAGAUGUAGCAUCUGUUUGUUUUUUUUUUUUUGUUUUUUUUUAAAGGAUGUGUUCACAUUUGUAGUUUGGUUUGUUUGCGAUCCAUUUAGUCCAGGUUCACUUUGUGUUCACACUGUCACUUUUAAAGGUGCAGUUCACCCCAAAAAUUUAAAUCUUGUCAUUAUUUACUAAUUAUUAGGGAUGGCUGACAUGAAACAUGUUUCAACAGAGUUUUGAAAUCUCGAAGCGCAAGUGUUUCGAAACAACCAAAUCAUGAUCUGAAACACUCAGGUCAUGUGACUAAAGUGUUUCAAAACACUCAGGUCAUGUGACUAAAGUGUUUCAAAACACUCAGGUCAUGUGACUAAAGUGUUUUGAAACACUCAGGUCAUGUGACUAAAGUGUUUUGAAACACUCAGGUCAUGUGACUAAAGUGUUUCGAAACACUCAGUUCAUGUGACUAAAAACAUUCAAAGCAUCGGUCAUUUCAGAGGCGUUUUGAGACCUGGCGAAUCUACGUUUGACAACAAAAACUAAAAAACAAAAAACUCUCAUGUAGCCUAAUGGAUUGUGCGUGUACACAGAGUAACUGUGCUUCAAUUGUCCCAAGUUCAAAUCCCGACUUAUCCAAACACUUAAAUUAUGACGAUGUAUUUUAAGUUACAUUUUUAUGACCAAAACAAGACGACAUCAUAUUCAUUGGGAUGUCAGACCAAUCUUAAAACACGUUACAAGUACAGCAUUUAAACACGAUCAUCUACAGCUGCAUCACCCUGGAUUUGAACCCAUGAACUCUGCAUGCCAGUCAGGAACUCUCACAGCUUGAUUUAAUCACUUGCAGCCUCAACUCUACAACGUGGGGUUUAAUGCCUAAAUUUGCUUAACUGUUUCUUUGCUGAAGCUGUUCCAAAGAAAUACAUAAAUAUAUGACCACUAGGUGUCACUGUAGAGAUGGGUUUUGAAGCUUCAACACAUUUGCUUCGACUGUUUGUGUUUCAUGAAGCCUCGUUUUGCCCACCUCUCCUAAUCAUCCACUUGUUCCAAUCCUGUUUGAAUUAUAUUAAACUGUUCAACACAAACGAAGAUAUUCUGAAGAAUAUUAGGAAGACAUUGAUGCCCAAAAUAUGAUUAGAAUGGAUUUUAAUAGCUGCUUUUUUUUUUUUUUGGAACAUUUUUCAAAACGUCUUAUGUUGUAUUCAACGGAAGCAAUUCAUAAAAGUUUUGAAUGUUAGUAAAUGGUGAGGAGAUGUUCAUUUUUGUAUGAACUGUCCCUUUAAGACUAAACCUAUUUUUCUGCGGUUACACAUUCAACAUACUUGCUAAAUGCGCAUAUCAGACUGACAUCAUGUCCUGUUUGUGAUUUAAUGCGAUCUCUUUGUUUUCAUAUUUCAGUCUAACCACAAUUGAGUUUGUUUUGAAGCAAAAAAAAAAAAAAAAAAAAACAAAAAAAAAACAGUAGUUUGUUUGAUGCAAAGAUGUUUUAAUCAAACCAAACCAGACA